CCAAAGAUUAUUUUAUUUAUAUUCUCUACACCUGGCUGAUUUUAUUUAUUCGGGCACUCCGGCGUUCUCCUCCUCUGCGGUUGCUCAGCCCCUUUCAGCCUCCCCUCUGUUCUUCACUCGCCGCUUAUUCCUCCACGGUUCCGCCACUCUUAACUGUAGGCAAAAAAUUCUCCUAAAAAAAAAUGGAGGAAACAGGGAAGCCAGCACAACAUGGUUACUGGAUGCCUGCUGAAUGGGAGCCCCAUUCUCAUUGUUGGAUGGGAUGGCCGGAACGACCUGAUAAUUGGCGAGAUCAUGCAGUGCCUGCUCAGCGUGUCUUCGCCAAAGUAGCAACUGCAAUUUCAAAAUUUGAGCCAGUCACUGUAUGUGCUAGCGCUGCUCAGUGGGAAAAUGCAAGGAGUCUAUUGCCUCCCAAUGUUAGGGUUGUGGAAAUGAGUAUGAAUGAUUCCUGGUUUCGUGAUUCAGGACCUACUUUUGUAGUAAGGAAGAACAACACGAAGAGUGUAGCUGGAAUUGAUUGGACUUUCAACAGUUGGGGUGGUGUUGAUGAUGGAUGCUAUAAGGAUUGGAGUCAUGACAUUCUUGUUUCAAGGAAGAUCUUAGAGAUUGAGAAGUUGCCAAGAUUUCCGCAUUCCAUGGUUCUAGAAGGCGGCAGCAUCCAUGUUGACGGGGAAGGAACUUGCCUCACCACUGAGGAAUGCCUCCUAAACAAAAACAGAAAUCCUCAUAUGAGCAAAGAACAGAUAGAGGAUAAUCUCAAGGAAUACCUUGGAGUCCAGAAGAUUAUAUGGCUUCCACGAGGAUUAUAUGGUGAUGAUGAUACUAAUGGUCAUAUAGAUAAUAUGUGCUGCUUUGUGAAGCCUGGGGUGGUGCUGUUAUCCUGGACAGAUGAUGAAUCAGAUCCACACUAUGAACGAUGCAUUGAAGCCUUGUCUGUUCUCUCUAGUGUCACAGAUGCCAGUGGUAGAAAACUAGAAGUUGUUAAACUUCAUAUCCCUGGUCCUCUGCAUAUGACAAACGAGGAAUCAGGUGGUGUCAUCCAGGAUGUGGAGGCAAAACCAAGAGAGUCUGGUACUAGGCUUGCUGCUUCUUACGUGAAUUUCUACAUUGCCAAUGGAGGGAUUAUAACACCUCAAUUUGGAGAUGAGAAGUGGGACAAUGAAGCUGUUCGUGUUUUAUCAGAAACCUUCCCAGAUUACGAGGUAGUAAGAAUUGAAGGUGCAAGAGAAAUUGUUUUGGCAGGCGGAAAUAUACAUUGCAUUACACAGCAGCAGCCGGCUAUCCAGUAAAGUUGAGCAGGAAUAGUACGGGAGCCUUCUGUGACUUGUUCUUUUGAUGACCUCUUCGGCUUGUUUUCCUUGUUUUAAUAACAGCAAGCAAAAACUAUAUGUUAGGCUAGCUCGUAGUGACUGAGUUUGUUUCCCAUUUUCUAGUACACACCAAUAGUGAACAUUUCUACACACACAGAUAAUCACUUAGCUUGUGUGUGCUUGGUGAAGAUUAAGGAAUAACUAGCUAUUGGCCUGUGUCAUUAAUGUAUUAUGAAAUUAUGAAUUGUAUUUUUUUACAUCAAAUUUAAGAUUGUUUUACUGAACAGAAUUGUUGAAUUUUCAAAAUUCAAAUUAAAUGGAGAUAAAAAUGGUGAUCAAUAAAAAGUAUUAAAUAUAA